AUGUUCAAGCGCUCGUUUAGGUCGCAAGACCUCGGCCGCGUCGACAAGACUGCGAGACACAAGAGAUCGGGCUCCCAACGGGACCACACGAAAAUGUCGAAGCUGCAAAGAUCGCUCAAUGAGCAGGAUGCGAUUCCCCAGAAGUCCGCACCUGCACCCGCACCCGCGCCUGCGCCCUCGCCUAUCGUCACCUUGACGGUUGGUCGAGAUGGCCGACUCUUUGCAGCACAUGAGGAAGUACUCCGCCAGUCGCCUUUCUUUGAGGCCGCCUGCCGCGGAAGUUGCUUCGAGGCACAGAGCAAGAGAAUCUCCCUUCCCGACGAAGAACCCGAGGUGUUCUCCGCCAUCCUCGAAUAUCUCUACAAGGGUGACUACUACCCACGACUGCUUCACAAUAAGCAGCGCAACUCUUGGGAACUCGAGGACCAAGGCCGUACACCUCACACAUCACCCAACCCCGAAACCGGAGGUGGCCGCGCAGGCGCCGCGUCUGAUGCCACCAUCUACCUGUCGAGUCUCGAUAUGGCCAUCCUCCGCGACACAGUUGUCUACUGCGCCGCGGACAAGUACGGCCUCGAGGAGCUCAAGCGUCUGGCCCUGCGCAAGCAGGGACUGCAAUCCGGCAUCGAUGUCGGGACCAUUAUAAGGUCUGCUCAGUACGCCUACGCCCACACACCUGACUCAGACAGCCGUCUGCGCGCUCAUUACCUCGCCCUGAUUAUCCGCUGCCGCAAAACCUUUAAGCGGAGCGGAACCAUGCAGGCCGAGAUGGAGGCGGGCGGCAGCAAGCUAUUCUUCGACCUGUUUGUGGCCAUGUGUAAUCACCUCGACGAUGUCAUUGACGUGAGCAAUGCUCGCACGCCAAAGACUGUCUAA